CGAAGUAGCGGACCGUGUGCAAACCGCGUGUGGCGCAGAGGACAGACUGACAACAACCAGGCGCCGUCUGAGAUGCACAAUCGAGAGCAUCCUGUUGGGCUGUAUCACCGCCUGGUACGGCAACUGCUCCGCCCACAACCGUAAGGCUCUCCAGAGGGUAGUGAGGUCUGCACAACGCAUCACCGGGGGCAAAUUACCUGCCCUCCAGGACACCUACACCACCCGAUGCCACAGGAAGACCAUAAAGGUCAUCAAGGACAACAACCACCCGAGCCACUGCCUGUUCACCCCGCUAUCAUCCAGAAGGCGAGGUUGUAGGAACUAGUGGAGAUGAGUAGUAAUGACUGUUUUGGAUGCGGACGUACCGGCCACUGGCUCAAGAACUGUCCGAAUGCCGGGCGGGGACGAGGCAAGGGCCGCGGGAGGGGGAAAGAUCUGUUCUGCUAUCGCUGUGGCGAGCCUGGACACGUCGCCAGGGACUGUGAGAGGACUGAGGAUGCGUGCUAUAACUGUGGUCGUGGAGGACACAUCUCCAGAGACUGUAAGGAGCCCAAGAAGGAGAGGGAACAGGUCUGUUAUAACUGUGGCAAGGCCGGCCAUGUGGCCCGGGACUGUGACCAUGCCAACGAGCAGAAGUGCUACUCCUGUGGAGGCUUCGGACACAUCCAGAAGGGCUGUGACAAGGUCAAGUGUUACAGGUGUGGUGAGAUCGGCCAUGUUGCCGUCCAGUGCAGCAAGGCCAGCGAAGUCAACUGCUACAACUGCGGAAAGUCUGGUCACCUUGCUAAAGAAUGCACCAUCGAGGCCACGGCCUAGCACUCUGUUGCCUUCCUAUGCCCCUCCCUUUUCACAUGGAUGGUUGUAUUAUUUUGUCUGAAUCGUCCCCUCUGGCCCACGGCAGGCUACGGAGGAUAGUCCCACACCAGUUCGCUGGAAAAGCAGGACAGGGGGUGAAACAUCCACUUUCUGCAUUUAAUCAAACAUGUUUGUUUAGUUUGGUAGAGGUUAAUGUAUAAUGCUUGUUAAAGAACCCCCUUUCCAUGCCACUGGUGACCAGGGAUGAAUGAUGAGUGGAUGCCCUCUCUACCAGGUCUGGGAAACCAGCACUUAGUGAGAGUGAGUGGGUAGGAAGUCUGAGCUUCCCAUAAAGAUUGACUUUGUUUUAGUUUUCUUGAACAAAACGGAGUCUACCUGCAAUAGAGUAACUGACGUGCGACAGCAGCCACGGCCAGCGGUCAUUAUGUUUACGGUUCAGUCCGACGGCAGCAUGUAGGCAGGCAGGCAGACAGACAGAUAGAUGGCAGCAUGCAGACAGGGAGAUAACAUCCCCUAACACUGUAUGAAUACUGUGAGAGAAAUUACAAGAUUAUGUUAUAAUACUUUUAUUGCAUCAAAUGGCUGUUUUAUGCAACAGAAUAGAGGGUUCUUAUAACUCUAUUGUGUCUGUGUGAACUGAAAGUGGGCCUCUGGGAGAUAUAACACUGACAGGAGAUUUCCGAUGUCUUUUGGGUGAUAUAACCUAAAGAGACUGCAUUCCAUAGCAUGACUUAAUGUUUCUGUUCUUUCUGGUACCAGGGAGAGAUGACCCCAGGGCCAGACCCUGGUCUCUACUGUUUUUACAGCAGAUACUUGUUAUUCACAGCAGACAGUAUUGUUCAUACUAAUCUUAACCUUGUGACCCAAUCCAUACAUUUGUUGUUCGUCAUGUAGACUGAAAGGGGUGUAUCUUGGCUGUAAAAGACCUUUGUACUUUUGUCUCGGGGCUCUCAAUGAAUCAUCUGGGGGUGAUUCGUCGACCAGCCAUCGUUAUCGUAGAGCACUCAAUCGAUUCACUUUAUAUUUGUGUGUUGUAUUGACCUGCUCCCUUAUUAACAAGUGAAUAAAGAUUUAGUUUAAGUAUAA